AUGAAAAAAACAUCUAUGAUCCCCUCCCAGCCAAUCUUUGCAAAUUUGAUUAGUGGAUGCUUGAAGGCAAACAAAGUUAAUAAGGCAUGGGAGAUUUUUGAUUCCAUGAGAUUAUCUUUCCAUCAACCUGAUGAGGUUAGCUUUACAUUGAUGCUUCAUGCUUGUGCUAAGAUGCAAGAAACCUACGGCUUUCAACCGGAUGGAAUCACCUAUAAUACCCUGCUGACCGCAUGUGCUAGAAAAAAGGAUUUGGGUCAAGCCAGAAAUAUUUUACGAACAAUGUGGAGCGAUGUCGAAAAGAAUGGAUCACAAUCAUUGUUAGCACCAGAUAGUCAAACCUUUACGAACUUGUUUUGGUGUUAUGCUAGUUACAUCCCUUCUGGAUCAGCACAGAUCAACAGUCCGGUAACAGCUACUACAGGCGUAGAAAUGUCGACACAGCGUCAGUCAUUACCUUUGGACUUACCUAAUAAACGAUCCAAGGUAGUGAAAGAAGCACAAUGGAUUUUUAGCCAGUUACCAGAUCUCGGAAUUAAAGCGACACCGGCUUUGUUGACCGCUUAUUUAGCCUUGCAUAUCUCUCAAAAACAAACCAGCAAAUCCAUAGACAUUUAUACAGAUUUAUUUGAAAAAUUUGAUAUUCAGAAAGAUGCAUUUGUGUUCCAACAUAUGCUCCAGUACAGCUAUAACAAUAAGGACAGCAAAAUGGCUUGGAAAGUAUGGGAAGAUUAUCAAGAUUUUUUGGAAGCUAGACGAGACGAUUCUAAGACGGGUACUAUCAUUGAACAAAAGACAAAAGAUUCGGAAAAAAAUGCGCUAGCGAUCAAAGAAGGUUGGACUGGCUUACAACAACAAAAGAUGGCAGCUUUGAUGGCUAAUACACUUGCGAGAUCUAACGAUCUGAAGAAUGCUCUUACUACAAUGCACCCACCUAAAUUGCGUGAUAUGAUGCCCCUUUAUAACAAAUGUAUUCAGUUAGAAGACCUGGAUGCCAAAAGAGAAUUAGUCUAUAUUUGUGUGAAAGAACCUCGAAAUCUUGCUAAUUCCAAGUACAAGCGUGUGAAUAAUUAG